CGAGGUAACAAUUCGCUCCAGGGCGACAUAUUUUAUUGUUUACAAACAAUUUGUAUAGUAUGUCUCCGAUUUGUUGUAAUGUUAUAAAUUGUAAUUGAAAUCAUAUAAAUAAUUUGGCAAUACAAUGACUACGAAGGUUUGUUGUUGCUUGUGCUUUUCACCGUGCUACAACUACAAACUAAUGCAGAAUGAUAAAGGAGAAAGUACGGAGGUGUACGACAUUACAGUCAAGUAUUUUGAUCCCAUAAUGGUUUGUAUGAUUCUAAGCGAGGAACAAAGUGGAAAAAUUGAAUCUUCAACAAAAGUUUUAUGUAGUAACUGCUGGACUCACAUAAACGAUUUCCAUGACUUUCAAUUGGAGGUACAUAAAACUCGGACAGAAAUGCUGAUGUUGGUGCAAGGACCUAGCAAGGAAUUUGUUAGUGAAGAUGAAUUCUCCGACAGGGGAGGUAUGGAAGGAAACGAGACUGAUUCUGAUAUCGACGAUAUCCCACUGACCAAGUUGUUUAACAAUGAAACUUUGCUGCACAAACCGAUCAAGAAACAGGCUGAAGAUGAAAAAGCUCUGCUUUUAAACACCGAUAAUGAUAGUAAGGAAGAAAAGGUAUCUAGUUUGGAAAAUAAUGGUAACAUAAACUUUGACAAAGUUGAAGUAAACAGUACUUUGGAAACUAAAGAGGAAAAAAACGCAAUUUUGUCCGAGUUUAAAGAGGAGGAUGCAAUGGAUAGCAAUUUCGAAUCAGAAGUCAAAUCUCCAGCAAUAAAUACACCGGAAAAUGAUAUUGAUAUUAGCGAAAUGGUUUGUGAUAGUGAAAAUACAAUUAAAAAGUCGAGAAGGGGAAGAAAAUCAAAAAAUGAGAUAGACAGUGAAACCGCAAAAGGAAAACAUUCGGUCCGAAAAUUAAAAAGCUCUAAAGAUAAAAACAAAAUGGAAAAAUCACAUAAAAAAGGAAAGGACCCUAAGCGAACGUCAUAUAUGGAUAAAUGUCGAGAGAAUGACGCAUUUAUAGCCCAGUGGAAACCGAACUUGGAUUGUGAUUUGUGUACGGCCACAGCAACUAAUUUCAAUACCCUGAGAGAGCACUUCCGUGAAGAGCAUCAAACUAGGUGUUACAUUAAGUGCUGUGAUCGAAAAUUUUACCGCCGUUGUGUUCUGAUGGAUCACAUACGCCUGCACAUAAAUCCAGAAACACACAAGUGCGAUAUUUGCGGCAGGUCCAGCACGACAAAACAUAAUUUAAAGUUACACAAACAGGUUAUGCACGGCAAUUUGAAUCAGUUCGAAUGCGAGGUGUGCCACAGGCUAUUUAAUCAGAAGCCAACAUUGGACCGACAUAUGUUAACGCAUGUUAAAGGAGAGAACAAGUUCUUCUGCAAAGAAUGUGGCAAAGGAUAUGUUUUGGAAUUACAACUCAAUUCUCAUAUCAAAACUGUUCACGGUGUCGAUUGUGUUUGUGAUCAAUGUGGCAGAACAUUUCAUGGAGUCAAUGCUCUCAAGAAACAUCUAUUGGAUCAUGCUGGAGUCCCAAAGCGUAAGUAUCCAUGUGACAUUUGUGGCGCUCAACUAAAUACCAACAAUAACCUAAGACGACACAAAGCCGCCUAUCACCACGAUGGCACUACGGCAUACAUCUGUAGCAUUUGUGGAAAGGUGUCAUCUAGUGAGAACGCAUUACGAGCCCACAAAAAACGUGUACACGAAGAGAACCGAAAACACAAGUGUACCUACUGCGAAAAAGCGUUCAAAAGGCCCAAAGACCUGCGAGAACACAUAGCAACGCACACCGGUGUCGACUUGUAUCAGUGUCCACAUUGCCCGCAAACAUUUAAAGUUAGUGCAAAUAUGCAUCAUCAUCGCAAGAGGGCACAUCCCAUCGAAUGGGAAGAAGCGAGAAAAAAUCGCUUACAAUUGCCUAAAGUGAAUAUUCUUGAGGUAACAAAUCAAAUAGUUAUGUAAGUUUUAGAACAUACUAUAGUUAGUAAUAGUAAGAUGAAGAAUGUAUUUCCGCAAUACGUAGAUAUUCUCCAGAAUAGUGGAGGCACAUUAAGGAAACAAAUUGUUUACUUAAUAAAUCUUGUUUGUGCUCAAAAGUUUGAUAACUACCCCACUAUUUGGCAAGUUUUUUGAGGCAAAAAUCAGUAUUUGCCUCAAAAAAAUUUCAUAUUGGAAGAUCUUAAUGUUUAUUAUAACCUACUUCACAUAUAACGGUACCUCCCGAUAUUCGUUAUUUUCAUGAUUUUAGUGACAUUAUUUACUGAAAUUACUUCAAAUUUCGCAUUUGAAGUUCGUAAUGGGUGCUACAGCGUUGACAAAAUUUUUUGUAUGUAGGUUCACGUUUUCGUAUAUCCCCCAUAUGACGGUAUCCUCGAUAUUCGGUACUUUUGAUGAUUUUAGCGACAUUAUUCACCGGAAUUGUUUCAAAUUUGGUAUUUGAUGUUCUUAAAGGGUACUACAGCCUAUGACAAAAAAUUUCGCAAGCAACUCCACGUCUUCGUAUAGUCUCCAUAUAACAGUUUUCAUUUUUUCGGGAAGUUUUUUGAAAAUGUUCAAGUUCCUUCCAAAUGGUGGAGGGUAUUAAAAGUUCUGCCCGGCCGAACAUAGCCGCUUUUUUACUAGUUUUUAAACAAAAUUCUUAUUGAUACAAAAUUGAAUCCAAAAUAGUAACACUAUAGAUUAAUCCCGAAAUUGUACAAUUUGUUGUCCAUCAACGUCGAAAAUAUUCAUUAAUUUUUGAAAUAAUUAAAAAUUAUUGUGUUUUUUAUUCAAAACCAUACACACACAUAUACAAAAUGUGUAUAUGUUUUGACAUAAUAAAAAAAUGUUGCUUUGUUCUACCUUCUGUAAAAAGUAUUUACUAUUAUUAUUAUAAGUUGUUUUACUGGAUUCAAAAUUUCACAAUUUUUAUGAAAGAAUAAAUGUUUAUGAAAAUAUCUUCGCACAUUAAUAUUUUAUUUUGUUAUAAUUCGCCCUCAUUAUGACUACAAUGAAAACACAUAAAACAAGUAGAUUGAACUAAAAUGUUCUAUUUGCGGAUUUAUUAAAAUAAAAUAAACAUUUAUUAAACACAUCGUUUGCUCAAAAGUAGCCCAGUAAAUUAUUACGACGAGUCAAAUUUUUAAUUUGUUGUGAAAUAAAACGUUUUAAGAAGAUUCAUGUGUAUAGGGAAAAAAGUAAAUAAAAUGGCCGGUUCGAUUUGCGUAGUUCCUUAUAUAUAAAACUCUUAUAUCCAAAUUCUACUAUAAUUAUCUUUGUUUGAGCCACUUUUACAUAUUAAGAGCUUAAAAACCAAAACAUAUUUUUAAUUUGUCUUAAAAUCUGGUCAAAUCACCUAUAGGGGGUACAUCAAAUUUAAAACCAUCAUAAGAGACGCACAUAAUUGUCUAAGAAGUAUUCAAUUCAGAGAGCAAAUUACAAAACUUUUGUAAAACUUAAAGCCAUUUUAAUAAACUGUGCGACACAGAUAAACAAUUUAGGCCGUGGUCUUCUCUUGCUGUCAAAAGUUUGUUGUUUCUGCGGGAACUCCAUAGAAAAGAAUAGAGGACAUGUCAAAACAGAAAAAUUUGUGUAUAGUUUUAAAUUAAAAAACGGUGUUUUGAUAGCAAUAGCAGACAGUAUCACAUCGUAAAGACAACUUGGUAAAACUCACAUCAUUGCCCAUCUAUAUAAAUAUUCUCAUAUUAAUGAACAAAAUAUUCACUGCCAUAUUGGUAUCCACAGGGUGAUAUGAAAAAACUGAAACCAACUUCAGACUGCUGUUACGUCUAAGCCACUCGUCCGGCUGCUGUUAAAAUUAUUCCAUUGACAGCUCAUUUUAUUUUUUACAAGGGUACAAAAAGAUUUUGGUAAGAAUUUUCCAGAAAAAAAAAGUUAUUCGUGAUAGAAUUCAAGCGUGAUAGAGUGAUUUCUUUAUAUUUGGCUGGAGAAUCACAAGUGGCUAUCGCUAGAGCACUCCAGCAUUUAAAUGUGAAUAAAUCUAACGGUAGCGUAGCCCGACGUCAAGGAAGUGGACGGAAGAAAACAGCAUCAUCAGCAGAAAUAGUUCGAAAAGAAUUGAGGCGACUUGCUUGAAACCCGCGUCGCAGUGGUCGAAAAAUGACUCGUGAGCUUAACAUAUCGCAAUAUUCCAUUUGGCAAAUAUUGAAAAAUGAGCUCGAGGUAAAGCCAUUGAAAUUUCAAAAAGUGCCAAAAGAGCUAAAGAGUUGCUUCGCUUGGUCGAAAGUGGUGAAUUGCACGCGCUUUGCCGAGAAUGGGCCAAAAUACUGCAGAGCAUCAUCCGGGCAGCGUGUGACGGUUUCAUUGGCUGUUUGAAGGCCAUAAUUCGUGCCAAAGGUGACCAAUUCGAACAAAUCUAAACUUAUUCUAAAAUUUGAUGUUAUUUCCGAUAAUUUUGCUUUAAUUCAAUGAAAUUUAAAAAAAGUAAAAAUUAUGGCGUUUGACUUUGUUGCAGUUUUUUUUUAUCUCACCCUGUACUUUGUGAUAGACUACACCCAGGCUGGAAAAUUUUGUCCUAAUUAAUGUGUUGUCCCUAAGUGUUCUUUGGACAUAUGUUGUAUCGGAAAUAUAUGCUUUGUUCAGUAUUAUUGUUUUAUGUCCCCAUAAUUAAACUUUCCUAUAAACAUUUAAGAUUUUUAGCAUCUAAUCAUAGAAUUACAAAAAUGUAUGUAAUAUUAGAGUUUAAUUUAUACUGAAUCUAAAAUAAAUUAUGAUAUCUUACCAAUAUAUUAUAAAAAUACAAACUAAAAUGGCGCAGUCAUCCUUUACAGUUGUAUUAAUAUUUAAUGGUACAUGAUAUUUCCACGUCAAAUAAUUAGAAUUUUUGUCCGUUUUCUAGUGUUAAAAAAAUUCGACUUUUUUUGCAAGAAAGCUAAACACAUUCAUUUAAAUUAAUGUUACAGAAAAACGUCGGACAUACAAAAUGUCAAAGAUUAACAAAAUUAGCUUUGACAAAACCUUUUUGUGUGUUUGUAUGUUGAUAAUAGAACAAACAAUACAAAAAUUUAAUAAAAAUUAGUUGGCCUAAUUGUAUGGACCUGCCGUAUUUGGUAAUAUCAUAGUGGGGAAGGUGAGUAUUAGGUAGAUCCCAAAUUAAAUUUUGAAAGUCUAUUUUUGAAAACAGCUGAUUGUCGACUUAUUAAUUAUACCUUAGUCCAAAAUAUAAAAAAUCGAAAAUUUCUCCCUUAUAUCCCAAAUACGAAACAAUAAUUCAUUUUGGUAGCUGAUUUUUUUAGUCAAUUGGGUUUUCUGUGUAACAUAUUGACAGACGAUGGGGGCUACUAUUCGCAGAGCCCAAAAUUCAAUGUGGAAUGAAUAGCCAACUCAACUCAAAUCAAUGAAUAGUCACUAAUUGUUUUGACAAGGAAACUUUUUUAUAUUCUCAUAAAAAAGUUUCUUUGCUUUUUGUAAUUUUGGCCGAUGGUGUUUUCUUGUUAUUCUAUUUUGUGUCAGCUGUUUGAUUUUUGCAGCCCCACAGAAAAAUAUUAAACCAUGCAAAAUUCGAACAGCAAUGUGCAUCGUCUAUGUUGUGAAACUUGCUUCAGAUGCAGUCAGAAGUUCAUUGGUGCCGAUGACAAAUGUACCCCAUUAUAUGAGACAACGCUAAAUUUUUCGAUCCUAUGGUUAGAGAGAAGUAUAUCAGCGUAUGCUUACAAUUGAUAUGUUGUAUACUAUUUAUGAAAUUACUGGCUUUGGAAAAUAUGAAUGGGGCGAGUAUUAUACAA